AUGGCAAGAAUGGCAACUCAAAUCAUCACCAACUAUGGACCAGAGACUCUCAUCGACAGCAUUUUCCAAACCUUCAAAGCUGUGUUCACUGGCAGCUCGGCCCUCUUCAUUACUUGCGGUCUUCUCAUUGUGUCCGCGCGCCUGCUCAUUCGGCUUGGGUCAUCCAACUACUGGGGCGCGUUGACCCCAGACCAGGGAUUUACAGCGCAAUUCGUCGCUUUCAUGAUGAUCAUCGUACACUGUGCACUCAGUUUGGCUUACGUCCUUCCUGAUGAACCACUACCUACGGCGCCCUCGUUUGCCUGGGCAGUCUGCUGGUCCAUGGCGACACUGUCGGGGGCUUAUGGUGGACUUGGUCUCGGAUUAAUCGCGCUUAUCGUGAUGUCAAAGGCCAUUUGA